GGGGGGGGCAAAUGAGGGGCGCGCGCGCGCAGGAGUUAUUUAGAAGAGUUGAUAAAAGCCGGAGGAGCGUUUCACUGGCCGGAGCGAAGGAAGCGAGUGUUGGGAUUGAACCACUUGGACGUGGCGGUGUAGGCGAUCAUCAACCUACUGUUUUUCAUCAGCUUCAGAGCGACCGGCUUUAAUAAAAGAAACUUAUGGUGCCAUGAAGGAAUAAAGCGAAAUAUGGGACGGGGGGGGUAUUAACAAGAGCCCGGCCUUUAAGUGUGUUUUCCUAAACUGUUUGGAAGCGUCGAAUCCUCCCCGAAAUUACAGGAAUGGUAAAGUCUCAAUAUUGGACCAAGGCAUAGAAGAGGCCUUAAGGCAAGCUUUGCUUUAAACUUAAGUUUGGCAGAGAUUCUUCCAUGCGUGCUUAAAAAAACAAGGACAGAUAGGCUGAAAAACAGCAUCUAUCCCAGGGCAGUAACCAUAUUGAAUUCUUAAGGUGACCAGACGUCCCGCUUUUGGCGGGACAGUCCCGAUUUGUAACAAUUUGUCCCGCGUCGGUUUAAAAAAAUCCCGAUUUUUGGACUGCGGACCUACCCUGCCCUGUAGGGACAGGGGAAGAGAGAGGGACCCCUUGGUCAUUGUGUGAUUUUUUUGUAUGCAAAGGGAGCAAGGCUGAGACAAAGAUUUGGCACUAACUUCUGAAGGAAAAGACAUAUAUAUUUAAUAGAGAAUAAUAGAAACUGCAAAAACCACCAGCAGCUUCUUAUGGGAACAACUUGCUAAAUAUAAUAGCAAGUCUCUCCAGGGUAGGUAUAGAAUAGAUCGCGGGUGGCGGAAGCAGGAACAAUAGCAGCCUCUCUAGGCAUCUCGGAGGUCCUCCUUUUUUCCGCCUGGCUGGGGAAGGAAAAGCAGGGUAAAGGUUGUUGGGAGAGGCGGCGAAGCCAAAAGCUGGGAGAGUUUGCGUUGAGCGGUCCCGCUUCCGAAGCAGCCAUGGCGGAACAACCUAAGUCCCCCCAGGCACCUAUUAGCCCCGUAAAAAACUUCUUCGCGGGUGGCUUCGGAGGCGUCUGCUUGGUCUUCGUGGGACACCCGCUGGAUACUAUCAAGGUCAGACUACAAACUCAGCUGAAGCCUUUGCCGGGACAGGCUCCUCUUUAUGCUGGGACCUUUGACUGUUUCAGAAAGACUCUUGUGAAAGAGGGCGUCCGUGGCUUGUAUAAGGGGAUGGCAGCCCCCAUUGUUGGAGUAACUCCCAUGUUUGCUGUGUGCUUCUUUGGAUUUGGCUUGGGCAAAAAGCUGCAACAGAAGACUCCGGAUGACAUCUUGACAUAUCCUCAGCUGUUUGCAGCAGGAAUGUUAUCAGGGGUGUUUACCACUGCAAUUAUGGCACCAGGAGAAAGGAUCAAGUGCCUACUACAGAUCCAAGCAGCCUCUGGUGAAAAAAAAUAUGCUGGCCCCUUGGACUGUGCCAAACAACUGUAUCGUGAAGCUGGCAUUCGAGGCGUGUACAAAGGAACAGUGCUCACACUCAUGAGAGAUGUUCCAGCCAGUGGGAUGUACUUCAUGACCUAUGAAUGGCUGAAAAGUAUUUUGACACCUCAGGGACAGAGUGUCAGUGACCUCAGUGUACCCAGAAUCCUCUUUGCUGGAGGCAUGGCAGGGAUCUUCAACUGGGCUGUGGGAAUCCCUCCUGAUGUGCUGAAGUCAAGAUUCCAGACAGCUCCUCCAGGGAAGUACCCCAAUGGCUUCAGAGACGUCCUGCGGGAGCUUGUUCGAGAGGAGGGAGUAUUAUCUCUGUACAAGGGAUUCAGCGCUGUGAUGAUCAGAGCCUUUCCUGCCAAUGCAGCAUGCUUCCUUGGCUUUGAAGUUGCCAUGAAAUUUCUUCACUGGAUCGCACCAGGUUUAUGAUGACCGAAAAGUACGAUCCUAAAGGAACCCGAGGGCAAGGAAAAGAGCUGCAUUGUAAUUGCAUUGGAGGAGAAAAAUCAGAAUUAUGAAAUAAGCUAUAAAACGACUCAUUUUCUAUUAAUCUUUUUGCCUUACGCUUUCUGGGUGGUGCCCUUUUGCCGUUUGGAAUCUUGAGCCAAAUCUCUUCCUGUGGAGAAAUUCAACAGGAGUUCACAAUCACACCCUUGCCUUCUCAAUUCCAAAGUACCAAAGUGGUUAUGCUGUUGAUAGAAGACUUUGCUGCUAUUAACAGGUAUUGAUGUUUAAUUCCCCUCCCCCCAUCCCUCAUUUUCCUGUGGUGAGCAAAGGAAAAUGAUUUUAAUUUCCCUUUUUAUAUUAAUUUUUAAAAAUGCAUUGCUGGUUAUGGUACCAAAGACAUUCCAAGAAGCAAUGGGAUGUUGGGACCUGGCCAUAAUGUAUUUAAUUCUCAGGAUAGAAUUUAAGUAAUAGAUAACACGGAUAUAAAAACAUGUGAUUGCACUUACAGGUAUUUGGUGCUGUUUGCCAUGGUUUCUUGUUAGUUCCUGUGGAGUGAAUGGGAACAUCUGAACAGUUUUCUAUUUCUGUUCAGGCCUUAUUCAUGCCUUGCUUAUACAACACAGUUGUAGUAUGUAUUGACCAUAUGAGCCUCAUUUUACUGCCUUGUGGUCUCUGACCCAAAAUCCAUGACAUACAAUUGCUUCUUUGAUGUAAUUAAUAUAAAAAGAAAGCCAGCUAGGAGAAUAAUGCAAAAAUUAAACAGCCUUAAAGUCACCAAAUAUAAAUAAGUAUUAAAUUAGUGAAAACCUGCUAUGUGUUUGUGUAUGAUGAAAAACCUCAAAUAAGUGAACAGCAGAAACUGGGGGGGUAAAUCCCAAUCAUUUUGGCUGGAAUGGGCAGUCAGUCUAAAAAGGCCUUUCUCUAAAUUCAUCUUUAGUCCUUACUAGAUAACUAAUGAUAUCUUGGGAGGCAGCUUUACAAGAGGUGGACAAUCUUCUUGUACAUAGCAUGCCAAAUUAUGUAUUUUGGUAUUCCUGGUACCUAGGAAUGUACUGCAAUGGUUCCAAAGCAAUUUGUGUUCUAUCCCAGCAAGCUUCUAAAGUUGGAGCGGCCUGCAAUAGGAUAACUAACUACAAUGCCGUUCUGUUUUAAUGUGAUCCUCUUACACUCAUAUGGGUUUUUAAGUACAUCUCAUGUACAAACAGUGUUUACAAAAUGUUUCACUGGAACAUGUUUAGGACUCAAUAAAAGUUGUAUAUUGGU